AUGCAUCCAGAACGACAACUAUUGGGGCGGGGUUUGGUCGCUCAAUGGCUUCAUCUACACCAUCGCCGACAUAGUCUUUCCAGAGAAUGGCAUUCAAGGCCCAGAAGACCCUGGGUCUCCUACCCCAUCACCAUCUUCAACCCCAUCACCUUCGUCAACCCCAUCACCUUCGUCAACCUCAUCACCUUCGUCAACCCCAUCACCUUCGUCAACCCCAUCGCCUUCGUCAACCCUGUCGCCUUCGUUAACCCCAUCACCGUCUUCAACCCUAUCACCAUCUUCAACGUCGACUGUGCUUACAGAGACAGAUUCGGCUGGAGGUCUAAUGACUUUAACCUUCGUUCCCUCCACUGUUCCCGAAUAUACGACCUUAACAACAGCAACGACGGCCUCGACGACCACGACGGAUUCUAG